AUGUCAAUUCAUCGCGUCCUGCGGUCUAUAGAUCCGGAAGUGGAAACUGAACACUUCGAGGCCUCUGAGUUACGCAAACUCAGUGGGGAGCUGCUGCGAGAAAGGCGAAAGCUCUUGGCACAGCUGCAGCAGAGGGAACAAAGCUGCACUGAAUUGCUCAGUGAGAAUUUUGAGCUGAAAACCCUGCAGUCGCGUUUGUUCUCGGCUUUGGAUCGCGCAAAGAUUGACGUCCAUGAAUUUCUGAAGGAAGAUGAGCGCAAGGUUCGAAUGGCAGAGGUGGACAAGCAAUUGGAAGAUGAACUGCGGCAGAUGCACGCUGUUGUUGGCGACCAGCAGAAACGUUUGGAUGCGCUGGUCCUUGAGAAUGAAAGGCUUCGCGAACAAUUGCAGGCGAAAGAUUUGCCGCAGCCUACAGAUGAGCCUGCAAAGAUGCCAUGCGAGGCCUUCCAGGAGAUGCCAGCCGAGGCAUCCCUCGGUGCGGCGCCGCCAUCCCCGGCGGCUCCGGAGGCUCCGGAGGCACCGAAGCCGCGGCCCUGGCCGCUGCGGGCAUCGGUGGCGCCGCUGCGCAACGCGAAAGCCCUGGCAGAGAUCCGCCACGUGCGAUUGGGGGUGCGGCUGAUGCCCACUGCCCUGCGAUCAAAUGGUCGAGCUGUGGAAAAACUCGAGGUGAGUUUGAGCUUGGCAGAACCUGCGGAAGCAGUGCUGAAGCUGCUGCUUGAUGCUGGGCUGUUUUGGCCUCGAGCAGCUUCCAGCCUGGGACCUGCGCAGGAGGGUGGGCUUCGUGAAGGGCAUUUCUUGCUGAAUGGUAAAGCCCUGAGCCUCGAUCUUCCUUUGCAAGAUCAGGGUGUGCAGGAGGGAAGCGAGCUGCGCUUGGUCAAGGGCCGCAAGGCCAUGGGCCAGCUGGCAUGUCAGGGCGUCUUCGCACCUCGACUUCCACGGGGCAUCUUGAUGAGUGCCGAACCCUGGGAACCCAGGACUAGCAGGAAGGCAGCAGUUGACUUCUUUGACAAAGUCAACAAUGUCGACAUGGACCACAUGGCAAAGAUCACCAUGAUCAAACGUGGCCAGACGAAGCCCUUCUACAAGACUGAGCCGGUCUGA